AUGGGAGAACGAGGACAAAGGCGCCGAGUGAACUGCUGCUGGAUGGCCGGGAUUUUGUUUCUGGGCUUUGGAGAACUGGUUUCAGCUCAGCUAAGAUACUCUGUUCCAGAAGAAGUACAAGUUGGCUCAGUUGUUGGAAAUGUUGCUAAAGAUUUAGGGCUUGAUAUCAGCACUUUGACAGACAGGCGGUUCCGUAUCGUUUCAGGACCCAAUGAUGCGCUGUUUCAAUUGAAUCAAAUCAAUGGAGUGUUGUAUAUUGGAAAAACUAUGGACCGCGAAGAGCUCUGUGAUGGAUUCAAGGUUUGUUUGAUAAAUCUAAAAAUUGUUGUUGAAAUCCCACUGGAAAUCCACUACGCCAGCGUCGAAAUAACGGAUGUUAAUGAUCAUUCACCGACUUUUCCAGAAAGCGAGCAGCGCCUGGAAAUAGCAGAGAAUACUCCUCCAGGCACUCGUUUCCAAAUUCAUGCAGCUAGAGACCCUGAUGUCGGUACACACUCAGUCCGGAUAUACAAAUUGAGUUCAAAUGAUAUCUUUGAUGCUGAAAUCAGAGACAGCGAGGAGGACAAGAUACCAUUCUUAGUGCUGAAAAAGCCUUUGGAUAGGGAGCAAAAGGCAGAACACCGUUUAGUCCUGACAGCUCUAGAUGGGGGCAGUCCGUCAGAAUCUGGGAGUUUAAAUGUAACUAUCACUGUGCUAGAUACAAAUGAUAAUCGCCCUGUGUUUAGCAAAGAUAUAUACACCGUAACAUUACAAGAAAAUGCCCAAAUAGGAACCCUUGUAAUACAAAUAAAUGCUACAGAUUUAGAUGAAGGUUCUAAUAGCAAAAUUGAAUUUAUGUUUGGAAAAACGCAAAAGAAAAAAGUGAACGAUUUAUUUGAAUUAGACAGCGUGACCGGUGAGAUUCGAGUUAAAGGAAAAGUGGACUUUGAGGACGCAGAGAUGUAUAGACUAGAUCUGCAGGCUUCAGAUAAAGGCCAGCCACCUUCAACAGGUCAAAGCAGAGUCGUUAUAAAAAUAAAAGAUAUGAACGACAACAAGCCAGACAUUGAGGUAACAUCAUUGUCUAACAUAGUCCCAGAAGAUUUAAAGCCUGGCACAGUCAUAUCUCUCAUCAGUGUUACUGACAGAGAUGCGGGGGUUAAUGGUAAAGUUAUUUGUAAAAUAUUGGGAAAUGUUCCGUUUGAUUUGACGCCAUCCAUUGAGGAAAACAUGUAUUCCCUUGUCACAAAGGGGCGUUUAGACAGAGAAGUUGUGUCCCAUUAUGACAUCACAAUAACAGCUACUGACUGCGGGGAACCUCAACUUUCCACCGUAAAAACCUUAAGUGUUCAGGUGUCAGAUGUAAACGACAACAGGCCACUUUUCAGUCAGAAUCCUUUGGAACUUUAUUUGGUAGAAAACAAUGCCCCUGGUGCUUCAAUAUUUUCUGUAAAUGCAGCUGAUAAUGAUAUGAAUGAAAAUGCACUAAUAACAUACAACCUUGUGAGAGGGGAUGGCCUGCUUCGUGAUAUGACGUCAUUCCUAAAUAUCAACUCUGAAACUGGAGAUAUUUCAGCACUAAAAAGCUUUGACUUUGAGACUCUGAAAACUUUCAAGUUCCAAGUUGUCGCCACAGAUUCGGGAACUCCGUCACUAAGCAGCAACGUCACAGUGCACGUGUUCAUUCUGGAUCAGAACGACAACGCUCCAGUCAUCCUGUAUCCGGUCAGCUCUAACGGUUCUGCUGAAGGUGUGGAGGAGAUUCCCCGCAAUGUGAACGCAGGACACUUGGUGACUAAAGUCAGAGCCUAUGACGCUGAUAUAGGAUAUAACGGCUGGUUACUGUUCUCACUGCAGGAAGUUACUGCCCACAGUCUCUUUGGUUUGGACCGCUAUACAGGACAGAUCAGAACACUUCGCUCAUUCACAGAGACAGACGAGGCUGAGCAGAAACUGCUCAUACUGGUGAAAGACAAUGGCAACGUUUCCCUGUCAGCAACAGCUACUGUGGUUGUUAAACUUGUGGAGCCCAGAGAGGCUUUUGCUGCUGCUGAUGUUAAAAGUGCAACAAAGGAUGAUGAGGAUAAUAAUGUGACUUUUUACCUGAUGAUAACUUUGGGCUCAGUUUCAACACUUUUUCUCAUCAGUAUCAUCGUGCUGAUUGCAAUGCAGUGCUCUAAGUCCACAGACUAUACUUCUAAAUAUCUACAAGAGACUAACUAUGAUGGGACACUGUGUCACAGCAUCCAGUACAGAUCUGGAGACAAGCGGUACAUGUUAGUUGGACCCAGAAUGAGUAUAGGAUCUACUAUAGUCCCGGGCAGCCAUGCCAACACACUAGUGCUCCCUGACAGGAGGGGGACAUCCACAGAGCUCAACCUCAAAUCUCGCUCGAGUAAUGCUUCCCAUUAA